AUGGCUUUCGGAGACCCAGGAAUGGCCGCGUCGGCUGCAGAGCUUCUUAACCGCAAUGAAGAUGCCGCCAAGGUUCAUCGACCUGAGCCCCUACUAAAGGAGAGACCAGCUGGCUCUCCGAAGCCCAAGACGUUCAUCUAUUGCGGUGCGUUGCACAUGACUGAAGAAGGCAUCAAAGGAUAUUUGAAAGAUCGGCACUUGGGUAGUGAGGAGCAAAUUGAAGAGCUUGUGUUCGAAGUUGGAAAUCAAUUGGAGCAGCGCGUCCGGGACAAUGUCAAGCUUAUCAAGGAUUCGCCCUUCGUCCGUGAAGAGCUCAAGGCCCGCACAAAGGGAUUGAUUUACGACAUUAAGACGGGUGUGCUUAUGGAGGUCAAGUAG